CCCCCCCGAGGAGAGGCGUGCGGUCACUUGGACCGGACCAUGGGACUCGGUUAAAUAACUCAGCUGUUAAGUCAACCUUUGGUCUGCCAAAGUCCCCAAGGAGAAGGAGAGAUAACUGCACCCGCAGUCUGCGAGGAAAGCCUUCCUUCGGACGACAUCCAGCAGGCAGCAGAGAUGGCCACGCCCACACCCAGAGUGAUCAACCUGAGCAAGAGCGAGGGGCGGAGCUUCGGCUUCUUCUUGCGCGAGGAGCAGGGCGAGGAGGGUCACCUGAUCCGAAAUCUGGAGCUGGGCGGCCCGGCCGAGCUGGCCGGCAUGAAGGACGGGGACCGCAUCCUGAGGGUCAACGGGACGUUCGUGGAUCGGUUGGACCACUCACAGGUGGUGGAUAUGGUGAAGCGCAGUGGAAACACCGUAACGUUUCACAUCCUGGACCAGGCCUCCUACAAACAGGCCAAGGCGGACGGGGUCGACUUGUUCAACCCCCAGCCCCGCCCCACCCAGGCACAGCCUGUCAUGAAUGGUGUAGCUGGGUCGAUGCCCAAACCCAAACUCUGCUUCCUGGUGAAGGCUAAGAACGAGUAUGGCUUUUCGCUGAAGUCCACUCAUGGUGAGAAGGGCAUUUUCAUGACCAAUGUGACCCCCGGGGGUGUGGCGGAGAGGGCCGGGGUGAAGGCCCAAGACCGCAUCGUGGAAGUGAACGGCGAAAACGUGGAGCACGCCACGCACGAGCAGAUCGUGGAGAAGGUGAGGGCCUCGGGCGCCAGCGUCCUGUUCCUAUUGGCUGACGAAGAGACGGACAGCCACUACAGGAACCGGAAUCUGCAGCUGAGGGCGGAGCUGGCCACCCUUAAGCUCCUCCCCCACAAGCCGCGUAUCGCCGAGGUGACGAAGGGCACCGACGGCUACGGCUUCUUCCUGCGAGCCGACCCAAACAUGGAAGGCCACUUCAUAAAGGACAUUGACCUCGGCAGCCCCGCGCAGGAGGCGGGGCUGAGGGACAUGGACCGCCUGGUGGCCGUGAACGGACAGGAAGUGGAGUCCCUGGGUCACGAGCAGGUCGUGGAGAGAAUCCGGCAGUGCGGGGGGUCCUGCUCUCUGCUGGUGGUGGAUGAAGAGACUGACAAAAUGUACAAGAAGGCAGGAGUGUCUCCCCUUUUCUACUGGAACGAGGUGAGGGGGUCCCAUCAACAGACGAGCCCCCCUGCAUCCCCCAACGGUGGCACACCUGCCCCCGAACCUGUGCCUACCCCGCCCCCUGCCUCUUCCCAGCCAAUCCCGGAAGAGUACAAACCCAAGCUCUGCAAGCUCGAAAAGACUGCCAGUGGAUUUGGGUUCCACCUCAAUGGCGUCCAUGGGGUACCUGGUCAGUAUUUGAAGGAGGUGGUGAAGGGCGGGGUGGCCGACAGGGCGGGCCUGGAGGACGACGAUGUCGUGAUCGAGGUGGGUGGGGUCAACGUGGAGGACAGCACCCACGAGCAGGUGGUGGAGAGGAUCACUGGCAGCGGCGACGCCCUCACCCUGCUGGUUGUCAGCAAAAAGGCCUACAACUUCUUCAAGGCCAAAAAGAUUCCCAUCAGCACCCUGCUGCUGGAGCAGGCUGCUCUCGACACGCUUGAGAUUCCUGAGACGCCCGAGGCACCUGAGUCAUCCGACAGCACGCUGGAGCAGGGAGAAGAGGAAGAGGAGCGAAAGGAAGAAGAGGAGGAAAAGAGGAGUGACAAUGGAGAGGAAACAGGAGAGGAGCAGCAGGAAGAGGAAGUUAACUGUCCGGCCACCCCACCUAGCCAAUCAGAGUCUGGCAACAGGAAAGCUUCUGUGUCCUCUUCAGUGUCGUCCUCUCCCAGCGAAGACGAAAGACUAUGAGGACGUCUCUUGUGGGGAGAGAGAGUGCCUCCCCCCCGUCCCAGUUCUGCACAUGCAGUGAAUGCUGAUAUUUAUUCUGUACGCUCCAGAAUGACAGAUCAAAAAGCAAUUCACACAAUCGCGCAUCCCACGGUAGGCCUAGUCUCCGCUCAGCAGCUUGGCCCACUUUUUAACACCUCUCCCAAUAUUUAUUAGCCUGUGUGAUAUUCAUGUAGUCCCAAUACACAAUGGGGCAUAUUCACAAAAGUUUUAUUGUGCUGAUAAACUGACAUAUUAUACAUUAGUGAUCAACGAUCGCAUUUCUGCGCAUCCUGGAGAUAUAUUUGGUAUGAAUCGUGCAAGGAUCCAAGCGCUGAAUCCUGCAUUCUAUUCUCCCAUCGUUUCAGCUAAGACACAAUAGUCACGUACACUGCCCAGAGUAAAAUUACAACAGCAGUAUUUCAAUGAAUCACUCAUUAAAAUAGGUGACACAUUUGAAUGAUUCCCUCCCCUGUUUAAUAAAAUAACAGCCAGUAAUGAUUUAGUAAUGAAUAUACCGCAAGAUCUGGACUCUGAGCUAUGAUCUGGAAGAACAUUAUAUUUAUGCUGACAGAAGCACAUUCUGCAUGUCAUGUGUAAUGGAGUAGUCUUUUUCCACAGGGCACACAUGCAGCUAUUCGGAGCCAGUGGAUGUUAUAAAAUGGUGGGUGCAACAUGCCCUUUAAUACUGAGUUUUCUAUGAUGGUCACUCAUCUCUCGCUUUAAAGUCAUAUUCAAUUUUUUAUAUGAUUAUUGCUUUCAAUUGCCAUACAGCCUGGUGGAUAAAAUGCAGAUUUCAUUGGAAUUUUCUUAUUUAUAUGAUCUCAUCCAUGGUAUCUAUAUAAGUACCUCUUAUGUCUCUUAUCUUAUAAUUCUAAUCUGUUUUUUUAUUUGUUUAUAUAUUAAUAAUAUUUAAAUAAAUAUUAUUAAUAUGUAAAUUAAUUAUAAUUAAUAAUACUAAUAAUCUAUGUUUAAUGUCAUCUAAUGUAGCUAGCAAGCAUGCUAAUGCUAUAAUUUUCAAAUGCAGAAGACAGCAGGCAAGAAUUCAGUCUUUAUUUUUACACAUCAGGGCAAGUCUCCAAAAAUCAUCGCAGCAGUGUGUGCUGAGAAGAGUGAGUGAGCCUCAAGUAACAACUGAAAUUGUGAACUGGCUGUUUAGAAAUGGUGGUAACACAAAAUAAUAACAAGUAUACAUUGCUUUUUUCCCCAAAGAGGCUAAUGUAUAAUAAUACAGUCAUAGUAGCACCUCCAGGGUGUGAAGUGAUUCAAAAAUCAUUCUCUGCUUUCAGUUAAAAAAUUGUGUCUAUAUUGCAUUUACACCAUAGAUAGCACUGAGUUUUUUGGUCACAUCAUUUUUUUAAUAAUAAGGACAGGGUGGGAGAAUCUGCUUCAAUGAUGUUUUUGACAGAUGCAAAUGAUGAUGAAAUAAUCAGCGUAUGUCUUCUGUAAGCAGACUCUGUGAUUAUGCAGUUGUUUAAUACAAGCAGCUGCCGUGUAACAUCAUAAACUCUGUCUGCGCACCAGAAUUGCUAUUACGAAUGUAAUCUGCAUGCGUCUGACACGUACUGUUACAACACUCAUUUUAAAACACCACCUGCUUAAUGCCAUCCAAUUAAAAUAAACUUAACAUCU